CACUUCCUGUCUCCAUUGCGACUCCAUUCUGGUUUUGUUUAUGUUUACAACAGAAACGGAAAAAACAAUCGAUUUUCCUCCGUUUUCCGUCGCUUCUUUCCUCCGGAUUCCUCUCUCCUUUCUCCAUUCUCUCCAUUCCACGAUGUUGCCAAAGACAUUCGCUGCCAAAAUAUCAUCGCAAUAAUCCCAUAAAUUCCUUCCCAAACAUUUCCCAGACUCGUCUCUUCUCUUCUUCCCUUGAAUCAAGAACCCAGAAACAUUCGCAGACAUGGGGAAAGGGUUCAAUAAUUAUAUGACCAAAAAGUUCUUCCAUCCGGCAAGCAAGGAGAACAUCAAAAGGGUAUGGAUGGCUGAACAGAAGACGACGUAUGAUAAGAAGAAACAGGAAGACCUCUUGGCACAGUACCAGAAGGAACAGGAACUCUAUGGAAACAGGGCUUUACUUGGUGACGAGAAAGCUAAAGUCGGCCUCAGUUUCAUGUAUGAUGCUCCACCAGGGUUUAAGAAGAAGGAGAAUGAAGAAACUGACCAGGAAUAUAAAUUUGAAUGGCAGAGGAAAUAUAAUGCACCCAGAGAAGCCUAUGCCAAAAACGAUGACACCAUUCGUGACCAACCGUUCGGAAUUGAAGUCAGGAACGUGCGCUGUAUCAAGUGCCGCGAAUGGGGCCAUGUCAACACAGAUAAAAUCUGCCCCCUUUAUGGGAAGAGCCUGACGGCUGAACCAACUCAGUCCCGGAACGAUUCUUCUCUCAUGGAAAGUAUGCAUGAAGAUGGUUUGGUAUUGAAAAAAAACAUCAUGGGAAGGUUGAUUGAUGAGAAAGAUGUCGAAGUAAAAGAUGAUGAAGACGAAGAAGUGAAGUUCCUCAAGUCUUUAACUCCGCAUCAAAAGAAGAAACUCCUGAAGAAGCUUUUGGUGCUCAGGACGAAGGAAUCACCAAAGAAGAAAAAAAAGAAGUCAAAGAAACACAAACACUCCAAACACCAUGAGAAAACUGAAGAGAAGGAUUCCAGUUGCCACAAGAGAGUGAGCCAUUCUGAGAAAGACAAAUCCAACAAACACAGCAAAGAAUCGAGCAGAAAACACUCAACUGGCGGCAAGAAUGGGAGAACUAAAGAGAAGGACUCUGCUUCAAAGAAUUCUUCUUAUGAUUGCCAUCCUGGGACCUCCGGCAGCAUGGGCAAGGAGCAGUUUGACUCGAAAAGGACUCACUCGAAAGCACGCGGCAGAGAAAUCAAAGAUCGAGUGCAACGGAGAGAUGCGAGACAUCACAGCCGUAGUAGCAGCUGUAGUAGUAGUGGUGGUGGUGGUGGUGGUGAGACAAAGGCUCAGGCUCAGAGAGUGCGCAGAAGGAGGCAGUCGAGUGAGAGUAGCGGGCAGAGUAGUGAGUCGAGUGAAAGGAGCAGGCAGAGUAGCGUGUCCAGUGUGAGGAGUGGGCAGAGUAGUGAUUCCAGUGAUGGCAGCAGCAAGAAGAAACAGAGCGGUAAAGCUAAGGAGGGGAAUAGGCAGAGGAGUAGGUCUAAUGAAAGGAAUAGGCAGAGGAGUGUCUCUAAGGAGAGGAAUAGCAAGAGGAGCAGAUCUCAUGAGAGGAGUAGGCAGAGGAGUAUUUCUAAAGAAAGAAAUAGUAAGAGGAGUAGAUCUAAUGAGAGGAAUAGGCAAAGAAGCAGAUCUAAUGAGAGGCGUAGUAAGAGGAGUGGAUCCAAUGAAAGGAACAGUAAUAGGAGCAGAUCUAAUGAGAGGAGGAGGCAGAGGAAUGUGUCUCAUGAAAGGCGCAUAUCUAAUGGGAAGGAGAGGCAGAGAAGUAGAUCUAACGAGAGGAAUAGGAAGAGGAGUAGAUCUAAUGAGAGGAGUAACAGACAGAGAAAUGAGUACAGUGAGAGGAGCAGGCAGAGGAGUCGGUCUAGAGAAGGGGAUUAUUACCAAGACCGACAGAGAAACUAUAAGAGUUACUCUGGGACGUCCCAGGGGAUGAGGAAAUGAUUUUUGGUGUCUAAUGAGCAGGAAUGGCCAUUGUCAUCAUCACCAUCAUCGUCAUCAUUAUCUCUCUGUCCCUCUGAAGAAUUGUACUUGAAGAGGGUUUUAUCAAAGUUACUCUAGAUAAUUGAGUGAAAAUAUUUAGAUAUUGUGUAAUUAACAGUAAUUAAUAAUAAUAAAUAUCUCAAAUUAACAACCCACAGUUGUAUAUUUUGGAGGGGGAAGAGUAUAGUUUAUUGCACAUUUGCCUGUGUCAUAUCUUGUAUUUUUGAUACACGGAACAUAUUUUCUCAGGCAUCCCAUAACAUCAUAUUUGAUACACUUUCUUACAGUGUGUGUUUUUUUUUUCUUUCCACUCACCAAAGUCACUUGGGAAUUAUGAAUGGAAAGUUUUAUUACUCAGAACUUACUAAACAAGGACUUACUAAAAGAGAAAAAAAAACUGUAAAACAACCUUGGAGAUUCAGCUCAAACUUACAAGAAUGCUUUAGACAGACAAAGGGUGAAGUCAGUCACCUCUGCUUUGCUGGGAUUUGAACACAGAAUGUAAAGGAUUGCAACUAAAAUAUAUUAUAA